AAAAACUCAAGCACCACAAAAUCAUCUUCGUGGACACGGUGCUGGACAUGCUCCGGGAUGCCAUGGUGGCCAAAGCCGAUGUGUCCAAGGGUUUCCUCAUCGAUGGCUACCCCCGCGAGGUGAAGCAGGGAGAGGAGUUUGAGAAGAAGAUCGCCCCCCCCACGCUGCUGCUCUACGUGGAUGCGGGGAAGGAGACGAUGGUGAAACGGCUGCUGAAGCGAGGCGAGACCAGCGGGCGGGUGGACGACAAUGAGGAGACCAUCAAGAAGCGUUUAGAGACCUACUACAAGGCUACCGAGCCCGUCAUCGCCUUC